AUUGUAACGUUUUACUUGCUCUCUCUUAUCAAAAGCAGACCUGUUUAUCCUGCUGCUAUGGCAGAUCUGUCGCCCGACUACAAACAGUUGUACUUCGAGGCACUGCAGGAAGCUCAGAAACGUGAACAACUCAAGCACAAAUACGCAGGAUAUACGUUAGAGUACCUCGAGGCGAGUAUCCGCAAGACGACACUGUUCGAAUUUCUCGACGCAUCCCACUGCCACCUGCACGCAAGCCUGACCGUCCAGAUGGAUGCACCGCUAUGGACGCAAGGCGACCCUGCAAACGCGAAUAACAAGUUCCGCCCUCAGCGACUUCGCUUCUGGGAUGACUUCCCCAUGCGUCAAGAAAGAAUAUGGGAGGAAAUCAUGGUGUCGGGGUUUGCCCUGGAGCGGCAUUUCACCUCAAUGCAUGCCUUGAGCGCGACUAGGAAGGCCACCAGAUAUCAUACGAUGAGGGAUGAGAUAGACCUGCUAUUAUUCCAGUGGACCACGGUUGAGGAGCCGGUCUCCUGGAUUAUCAAGCAAAUGCACAACAACCGAGCGCUGAAGCGCAAGUUCGGCUUACGCGGUUCUAUGAGCUUCGAGAACCACGCCAACAAACUGAGCCCAGAGCGAGAGGUGGAAGAGGGCAUUCAGAACCUUUCGGCAAAGGCCGACGCAUCACCCUUACCAGAACCUUCGGCUGCUGUCCGCAAUGGUGCGUCGCGAUCUUCUCGCCCCCGGGCUGAUCAAUUCUGCGUCUACAAUAUGAGCGAGGAGACCCGCUCAGCCGCCUUCGUUAUCGACUACAAGAUGCCACACGAGAUCCCGCUCGGCUACAUCUACGAAGGGCUAGAGGACAUGGACCUGGAUGACGUCGUUGACUACCAUGAAGGCGAGUGCACGCGGGACCGCUUCCGCCGCCUGAUAGCUGCAAUCGUCACGCAAGCGUUCUCUUACAUGGUCCAGGUCGGCGUGGAAUACGGGUGCAUAUGCACGGGCGAAGCGAACAUCUUCCUGCGCAUUCCCCACGAUCCCACGACUGUCUACUACUUUUUGUCUGUACCAAAGGGCGACGUUGGCAACAUCACCGGAUGGAUGCCAGAUGCAGACGGUCCGAACAGACUUCACCUGACCGCUCUUGGGCAGAUGCUGGCUUUUACGCUGCAGGCUUUGAAAACGCCUCCUCGAAGUCAGAAGUGGCGGGAGGAGACCUGUGCUCGGUUGAAGAGCUGGGAAUUCGUGUACAGGGCGCUGUCAACAGAGUAUCGGCCGCCUCGAGAUACAAGAUUUUUUCGCGUGUCACCUGUCAGGCUUCGACAAAGACGACCACGCGUCGGCUCGUCCGACUGCUCCCAGUACCAGGAACAGCACAGCGCCAGCGACGAAGAGCCUGAUCCGGAUAUGUCAAGCCGACAGCCGCCGUCGCUGCGGCAGCCAUCUCGCACGCAGUCCAGUGCCAGUGACUCUUUGCCUGAUCGCCAGUCGCGCCAUGUGGGAAAUGGCGGACAGUAUUGCACCCAAAAUUGCAUGCUUGGUCUCGUAAAAGGCGGCUCGCUUGACUUUACGUGUCCAAAUGUGAAGCGUCAUGGCACACACCAUCACCUGAUUAGCCUGACGACGUUUCUUAAGCGCAUCCGCAAGCAGCUUGCUAGGGACCUGGACCGGAAUUGUGAUCCGAUAGGGCUUCACGGAGCGUGUGGCGUCCCCUUUUGUGUCAGGCUGGACUCGCAUGGAUAUACCGUAGUCGCCAAAGCUUGUCCGACCUACUUUGUGUAUCGUCUCAGGUGGGAAGCUACUGUCUACGAUGUUCUUCGUCCUAUACAGGGCACGCAUGUGCCAGUGUAUUUGGGCAACGUCGACUUAGAGGUGCCGUACUACUACGAGGGCAUUGCGGAGCUGGUGCACAUGAUGUUCCUUAGCUAUGGAGGCAAGCGCAUGGACAAGCAGUUGGCUUCGGCUGACAAGCCGUUCGCUUUACAGCAGGCCGACAACUCGGCUCAAGCCAUUCGUGCGCUUGGAGUAUCGCAGAACGACCUUGCGCUGCGGAACAUGCUGUGGGAUGCUGACACACGCCGAGUGAUGGUAGUUGACUUCGAGCGAGCAGAGUUUUGCGCAACAGGAACUUUGAGAUGGUGA